AUGAUGCGAAAGGUAAUGCCUGCGAUGUACAAGGAUGUUGUUAAUGAUAUGCCAAACUAUGGAGAACAGUUUGAUGAAAGAUCAAUGUGGUUGGCCAAACAAGAAACAAAGACCCCUAAGAGCUCCGUAAUAGUUUAUUUACAUGGUGGAGGAUACUUUCUACAAACGCAACCAAUGCAACUAGCAAUGAUCUGUACCUUAUAUAAGCUGGUGAACAAGGCUACAAGAUCUAAUUUGAAUAUUUUAUUCUUGGACUAUAAAUUAGUUUCCGAAGGUGAAUACCCACUUCCUUACCAGGUAGUUGAAUUGUAUAAGACAUAUGUCAACUUGGUUAACGCAGGUUAUGAAGACAUCCAACUACUUGGUGACUCAGCUGGUGGUAAUAUAGCGAUCUGUUUUACUCAAUACUUGUACAUGUUGUACAACAAGUUACCUGACUCCAAUAUCAAUACUACUCUUGAGAUAUCAAAACAAAUUUAUCCAUCAGAAUUAAUAUUAGUAUCUCCAUGGGUUAAGCUUUUACCCGAAAUUGCAGAUAUUUACACUCCUGGGAAAUCAUGGCAUGAUAAUGAAAAGUAUGAUAUCAUCACACACAAUCUAGGUGAAAGCAUCAAACACAUUGUAAAGACUGCAAAGUUAGAUCACUUGCUUGUGAGUCCGGGUAAUGCCAAAGCAGAAGUUGAAGAUUGGCUGCGAAUUCCUUUGUUCUCGGACCCUAAACUGAGACUAUUUGUUUUAUUUGGAGAAGAUGAAUCAUUCCGUGAUGAUAUAAUUGACUGGUGUGAAAAUGCACUUGGAGUACCUUCUGAAACCUUUGCUGCUAAAAACCGUCAAUAUUCAUACACUAAAUUUGACAAGUCCAAGUCAAAGUGUCAAGUUGAAAUUCACAUGGAACCCUACGGAAUUCACGAUUCAUUGUUUUUCUUUGAAGAUGAUGCCGCAAUAGCCUUACGACAAAAGAAACCACUUGAUAUCAACAAAUAUUAUGGGCUUACUAGGGUAGUUGAUUUUGUUAACCGUCAUUUUGAGUGA